GACUAACAAAUGACAUGUUCUGAUGAAUAUAAAAGGCUAUGACUAUUGGGCCGAAAAUGGGCCGAACACCUUAAAUGUAAAAAACUGUUGAGCAAAAAGCUUCUCUUCCUUCUCUAUCUUCUCAAAAUCUCGACUGUCUACCGGAAAACAUACAUGGCUGCCGAUUUCUGGAAUUCGUCUCACUAGUAAAAACAUUCUUUUCACCUUUACCCAUCAAAAUUCACUUCUUCUUCUUCUUCUACGCAACUUUCAGUUUCAAUUUCUGGAUUAUUUUGUUUGGAUGUAGUUCAUGAUCUUGAUAAAGAACGUGGAAUCUCAAUUGAUGAAUUCAAGCUCAUCAAGUUCCACAUGUCUAAUCUGAUUGAUCAAAGAAAGUGUUUGAGUUUACUGGUGUUUCAGCACAUUAAAGUGAGGCAAAGUUCCCUUGUCUUUAUACUAAAAAUCAGAUAUGAGAUUAAAGAUAUUCUGGAAAUGGAGAUGAAGAUCUUGGAAGCAUUGAACUUCUAUCUUGUUGUAUUCCACCCAUACCGAUCUCUUCCUGAGUUCUCUCAGGAUUCUGAAAUUUAUGACACAAGUAUGACCCAUUUAACUUGGGGUCUUGUUAACGACACAUACAGAAUGGACCUCAUCCUUAUACAUCCGCCGUUUCUCAUCACACUCGCUUGCAUUUACAUUGCUUCUGUACACAAAGAGAAAGACAUAAGGACUUGGUUUGAAGAGCUUUUUCUCGACAUGAACAUUGUGAAGAAUAUUGCAAUGGAGAUAUUGGAUUUCUAUGAAAACCAUAGACUGUUCACGGAGGAGAGAGUUCACGCCGCCUUCAACAAACUUGCUACAAACCCGUAAAGUUUCGACCAAGGAAUCUUAAAGUUUCGACCAAGCUUGUCUGUGUUUUUGUUCCCCUGAGAAAAUAUAAUGCUUUGCCAGAAGUUUUGGAAAUGAGAUUAUUCCUGUUUAUUGUACAUCAGUUUUGCUCGUCUUCAA